CUGUUGGCUCUUGAGAAAGGUGACGAAGAAACUGAAAGUAAGGUGUGGCUCCUCCGUUCAAGCAGGAGAGAAGAUCUACAGCGGUUUGGAUUCACUGGCACCACCACAUGGAGAAAUGAACUGGAGAAGAAUGCCCAGAGCCCAGCUGUGUGUCUACAAAAAGAAAAAACUCAAUGUCUCACCCUCCUGAAUUCAGUAAUGGAAGAGAAUCUCCAGAACCCAGCUGUGUGUCUGUGAAGAGUGGCAUCUCAAUGUCUCACCCUCCUGAAUUCAGUACUGGAAGAGAAUCUCCAGAACCCAGCUGUGUGUCUGUGAAGAGUGGCAUCUCAAUGUCUCACCCUCCUGAAUUCAGUACUGGAACAGAAUCUCCAGAACCCAGCUGUGUGUCUGUGAAGAGUGGCAUCUCAAUGUCUCACCCUCCUGAAUUCAGUACUGGAAGAGAAUCUCCAGAACCCAGCUGUGUGUCUGUGAAGAGUGGCAUCUCAAUGUCUCACCCUCCUGAAUUCAGUACUGGAACAGAAUCUCCAGAACCCAGCUGUGUGUCUGUGAAGAGUGGCAUCUCAAUGUCUCACCCUCCUGAAUUCAGUACUGGAAGAGAAUCUCCAGAACCCAGCUGUGUGUCUGUGAAGAGUGGCAUCUCAAUGUCUCACCCUCCUGAAUUCAGUGCUGAAGAUUGUCCAGAGCCCAGCUGGGUUUAUUGGGGGAGGAGUGACCUGCUUCAAGAUCCCUGUUGCAGAAAUAAAUCUAAAACAUGUCUUGCUCUACAUCCACACAUGGAGAAGUCACUAAACAUUGUUCUGCAGAGAGUUUUACAGAAUCACAAAAUCAGCAUGAAGCACAGAUACGAGAGCUUAUAUGAGGGAAUCAAAACACCAAAGAAUAAAACCCUCCUGAACAGGAUUUAUACCCAGCUCUACAUUAUAGAGGGAGAGAGUGAAGGAGUGAAUGAAGAACAUGAGGUUUUACACUUGGAGAAAAAAUCCAGCAGAUACUUACAGGACACUCCAAUCAACUGCUUAGAUAUCUUUAAAUCUGUAAAAUGUUCUGAAGGAGAAACUGAAGACGAGAUCAUUAGAGCUGGGGUGGAUAGGGGUCUCAGACACAGCAAAAGUAGUGUAGAAGAUAAAGAGAUCCGAACUGUGCUGACUAAAGGAAUUGCUGGAAUUGGGAAAACUGUCUCUGUGCAGAAGUUUAUUUUGGAAUGGGCUGAAGGAAAAGCCAAUCAGGACGUAGAUUUCAUGUUUGUGUUCCCAUUCAGAGAAAUGAACCUAAUUAAGGAUGAUCAGUACAGUCUUCAUAAACUUCUGUGUGCCUUCCAUCCUGAUCUCAAAGAUCUGGACCCUAAGAUCUAUGAUACGUGCAAAGUUGUGUUCAUCUUUGAUGGACUGGAUGAAAGCAGAAUUCCACUAAACUUUGAAGAGUGUGAGAAAGUGUCUGAUGUAUCCAUGGCGUCAUCAGUUGGUGUCUUGAUAACAAACCUUCUUAAAGGAGAGCUGCUGCAGUCUGCUCAUAUCUGGAUCACCUCCCGUCCAGCAGCUGCCAAUCAGAUUCCUUAUCGGUACAUCAGUCGUGUGACAGAAAUUCAGGGGUUUAAUGAUCCACAAAAGGAGGAGUACUUUAGGAAGAGGAUCAGUGACCAAGACCAAGCCCAGAAAAUCAUCUCCCACAUUAGAACAGUGAGCAAGCUCCACAUCAUGUGCAACAUUCCCGUCUUCUGCUGGAUCUCAGCCACUGUGCUUCAGCGAAUCCUGAGACAGAGUGAUACAGAAAUCCCUAAAACUCUGACUGAAAUGUACUGCCACUUCUUGAUCACUCAGACCAUCAUGAAGAAUGAGAAGUAUGAGGGAAGCUGUGAUAGGGAUACGGUAGAAUUGCUGGAAUCCAACAGAACUGUGCUUCUGAAACUGGCUAAAUUGGCUUUUAAUCAGCUGAUGAAGGGGAACGUGAUGUUCUAUGAAGAGGACCUGAGAGAGAGCGGUAUUAAUCUCACAGAGGCCACACUGUAUUCUGGGAUCUUCAGGGAGGAAUGUGUGCUUUAUCAGAGGAAGGUCUACAGCUUUGUUCAUCUGAGCUUUCAGGAGUUUCUGGCUGCUCUCUAUGUGUUUCACUGCUACUUAAUCAAGAACAUGGAGUUACUGAUGGUUUUUAUUCCAUGGGACAGUAGAUGGCCUGAAAAUGUUUCACUGGAUGUGCUCCUGAUGGAAGUGGUGAAUAAAGUCUCAAAGAGUCAGAAUGGACACCUUGACCUGUUCCUCCGUUUCCUGCUGGGCAUUUCACUGGAGUCCAGUCAGAAGAUCCUACAAGGGCUCCUGAUCCACACAGAGAGCAGCUCAGAGAGCAUCAAGAAAACAGUGCAGCACAUCAAAGAGAAAAUGGAAGAUAAAGAUCUUCCUAAUGACAGAUCUGUUAGCCUAUGCCUCUGUCUGACUGAAAUGAAUGACCAGCCUUUUUUCAGAAAGAUUCGGAAGUUCUCAAGAUCAGAGAAACCCUCAGAAUAUAACAUGUCUGGUGCAGAGUGUUCAGCUCUGUGCUGCAUGCUGCAGAUGUCAGAGGAGGUGAAGGAUGAAUUAGAUCUGAAGAAAUACAGCAAUUCAUGUAAGGCUUAUGUAAAACUGCUUCCAGCUGUGAAGAACUGCAGAAAGGCUCUAUUAGAAGAGUGUAAUCUCACCAUGAACCACUGUGAAACUCUCAGCUCUGUUCUGAAAUCAGAAAACUCCCUUAUAGAGCUGAACCUCAGUAACAAUUACCUGCAAGAUUCAGGAGUGGAGCUUCUCUCUGCUGGACUUAAGAGUUCACACUGUAAACUGGAGACACUCAGACUUGCUUCAUGUAAUCUUGGGAUAAAGACAUGUGAAAUUCUGGGAUCAGUUUUAAACCUGGAAAACUCCACCCUGACACAUUUGGACCUUAGUAACAAUGACCUGCAGGAUUCAGGAGGGGAGCUGCUCUCAGCUGGACUAAAGAGUUCAAACUGUAAACUGCAGGUCCUCAGCCUAGCUUCAUGUAAUCUUGGGAUAAAAACAUGUGAAAUUCUGGGAUCAGUUUUAGACCUGGCAAACACCUCCCUGAUACAGCUGGACCUUAGUAACAAUGACCUGCAGGAUUCAAGAGUGGAGCUGCUCUCAGCUGGACUAAAGAGUUCACACUGUAAACUGCAGAUUCUCAAACUAGCUUUGUGUAAUCUUGGUGUAAGGAUAUGUGAAAUUCUGGGAUCAGUUUUAACCCUGGAAAACUCCCUGAUAGAGGUGGACCUCAGUAACAAUGACCUGCAGGAUUCAGGAGUGGGGUUGCUCUCUGCUGGACUGAUAAAUUCACACUGUAAACUGCAGACACUCAGGUUAUCUGGUUGCAUGGUCACAGAUAAAGGCUGUUCUUAUCUGGCUGCAGCACUCAGUUUAAACCCCUCUCAUCUAAAGGAACUGGAUCUGACCUACAAUCACCCAGGAGAGUCAGGAGUAAAGCUGCUGUCUGCUAGACUAGAGGAUUCACAACACACACUCAGAGUGGAACAUGAAGGGAAAAUCAGAAUCAAACCAGGACUAAAUAAAUAUGGCUGUGAUCUCACACUGGACCCAAACACAGCAUACAUUCGUCUGUCUCUGAGUGAGGGGAACAGGAAGGCAGUGUGGGGAGAGGAGCAGCCGUAUCCUGAUCAUCCAGAGAGGUUUGAUGUGUGCUGGCAGGCUCUGAGUAGAGAGAGUGUUACUGGACGCUGUUACUGGGAGGCUGAGUGGAGCGGGAGAGGAGCUGCUGUAGCUCUGAGUUGUAAAACCAUCAGCAGGAAAGGAGGAGGACCGGACUGUCGGUUUGGACAGAAUGAAAACUCCUGGAGGCUGAGCUGCUCUAAUAACAGAUACUCUGUUUAUCACAAUAAUAACAGAACUGAUCUCACCUGUCCUCCCUCCGGCUGUAGGAGAGUAGGAGUGUAUGUGGACUGUCCAGCCGGCACUCUGUCCUUCUACAGAGUCUCCCCUGAUACACACACACUCACACACUUACACACAUUCAACACCACGUUCACUGAGAGCGUCUACGCAGGGUUUUAUGUUUCAGAUGUUGGCUCCUCAGUGCGUGUGAUAUAGGAUAGCCAUCUUUGGGUGUGUGUUCACUGUACAAUUCACUGAACCUGAAUGGAGGUCCAUAUGUUUUUUAUGAUAAUUACAUGUGUACUUGUGUGUCCUCCAUUGUUACUCACGCUCGCCUUGACACUUGGGUCAUUUAUGGGACACAUUUUAGAAUGUGUAGAACAUUGUGUAAAUUUAAAAGAAUGUUUAAAGAUAAGAUGAUAAGCACUUGUAAAUAUGAGGAACGAUCUAUUAAUGAUGGGAGGCUUCAAUAUGUUGAUUAACAUUUUGACAUUCUUCUGUAUUAUUUAUGUGUAUGGUUUGACUUUAUAAUAUUUAAAAAGGGUCUAUGAUCAGGAGAUCGCUGGUUCGAAACCUGUUUGUGAAGCUUGCCAUCGGCUAAAGAGAUGGCACUCUUUCCCCUCAUCACUCCUAGAGUGAUGUGGAUCAGCACAAGGCUGCAUCUGUGAGCUGAUGUAUCAGAACCAAGUUGCUGUGCUUUUCUCUGAGCGUUAGUUAGUGCUGUGAUGCUACUCGGCAAUGCAGCAUCAGCAGCAGUUCAAAAAGAGGUGGAGUCUGACUUCACUAGUGUCAGAGGAGGCGUGUGCUAGUCUUCACUUUCCUGGUGUUGGGGCAUCACUUGUGAUAGUGGGAGUCCUAAUGAGUGGGUUGGGUAAUUGGCUGUGUGAAUUGGGGAGAAAAUGGGGGAAAAAAUAGAAAGAAAGUAAGAUUAACAAAGGGUAGUUAA